AUGGUGAAGGAUUGCUUGGACUAUGCUCAAAGAUGCAAGGCUUACAUCGUUGAUCCAUUGCCGAAAUCCGUUGGUGGACACUUGUACAUCUUGGCUGCAACCGAUUACUUCUCAAAAUGGGUCGAAGCUGUUGCUUUUAAAGAAGUAAAGAAGGAGAAUGUUGCGAACUUCAUCCGAGUAAAUAUCAUCUACCGCUUCGGCAUUCCUCGUUACAUAUUAACGGACAAUGGCAAGCCAUUUGAUAACAAAUUGGUAAACAAGAUUUGUGAUCUCUUCGGCUUCAAGCAGCGUAAAUCUUCUAUGUAUUAUGCUGCCGCCAACGGUCUAGCUGAAGCGUUCAACAAGACUCUAUGUAACUUGUUGAAGAAGGUUGUCUCCAAGUCCAAAUGA